CCUCCAGGAUUGAGGAUGAUCCCUCACAUCACACACUCUUCACCAUCCUGCCAUCUGGGAAAAGACAUCAUGAACAAAACUCCCAGAGCUCGUUGUCAGCCACUGAAGCAGUGUGAGGACCUGAGCAAACCGGACGUAAAAGCCCACCGGCGCAGGCUGGACCUCACUGCCACGGCCUCGCUUCCACAGGCUCAGCUUCUCUGCUGCUCCCUUUAUCAGCUCUGUGGACUCCACCAGCUCCUGGACCACCUCUAUCCUCACAAGCACUACGCGCACCUCCACACCACACCCUCCAUCUCAUCCUUCUGCACUCCUACAUCUCUCCCUCUGUCCCUCUUUGUGUGUGUGUACUUCACCUUCAGCACUCUGCGUGUACAGUGCUAGCGUACUAUGGAGAAGGUGCAGCACAUGACCCGUGCGGCCAUCAGGAGGGCGUCCACCAUGGAGGUUCCGCAGCAGGCUAAGCAAAACAUGCAGAACCUCUUUGUCAACUUCUGCCUCAUCCUCAUCUGCCUGCUUCUCAUCUACAUCAUCGUCUUGCUAAUGAUGGCCAGCAUGGUGUAACCUCGUCCUCCUCCCGGCACCGCACGCCGCACACGUCCGUCCCUGAGCCCCACGGCGCCUCACUGCGAGCUCGCACUCCGAGAUCUUCCAGCUCCGACACGCCAGCUCUGACGUCUGCACCAUGGAUCUCACCAACAACCGAGGUCUCAACCUGCUGCUCAACUUCAUGCUCAUUGUGAUCGUGCUGCUGCUCAUGCUCAUUCUCGUCAAGCUCAUGUGACCAGAGCUGAGUCGCUCAGCAAGCACUCAGGACUUAAUAUGGCCUGAACACAUUUACUAUAGAGAGAGGUACCGGGAUUCUCUCUCUCUAUCUCUCUCUCCCCUCACUGACUCUCUCUCUCUCACACACACACACACACACACACACACAGUCUCUGAGUGUCUGUUCCAAUUUAUCACUUUAUAAGCCCCGUUAUGAUGUAUCGCUUUAAGAUUAAGUGCUUGUUAAAUGUGCGUUCUUACACGUUACACGCGUCUUUUGCUCCAACACAACGUCUGUAUCCUUCAGACUCACAACAAACCCUUGUUUGUUGUGUGUGUAUAUAAUAUUAUGUGUAUGUAGUAUAUAGUAGGGUUAAAAACCACAGGCUUCGAUUGUACCACCUGGUGGUGACAUUUAUAUUGCGAUCUCAUAAGUAAAAUCCUAACACCAAGGACUUUAAAGGUGGGGUGCACGAUAUUUGAAAGCCAAUGUUGACACUUGAAAUCACCAAGACAAACACGCCCCUUAACCAAAUGGGUGUCCACCCCUGUUUUUAUAGCUCCGCCCACACAUACAUAUGUAACCCAGGCAACUAUUAUGGCGGUACCUGUUGGGGCAGCUGGCCGAGGUGAUAUUUUUUAUUAAUAAAUGAACUCAGUGAGUAAUACUAUGGUAACACAGAUGUGUUUUUGCAGUACUGUGUGUUGUACCGUGAAAGGUUUAGCUCCGUUUCAUGCGGAAGACCUUCAGUUCUCUCCAGCGCUGGAAAGCUGAUCCUAUAUUAACACAGGUCCUGCUUCUUGCCUUAUCGUAAGUCUUUUUUCGCUUUUCGUUUUUCUCCGCCAUGUCAAUGUUUCGAUCACUUUAUGCUAAUGCCACACAUGCGCACUGAACACUCUCUCCACCACAUAUUGACAAGACACGCCCCUUUCUGCUCAUUGGCUACACGUGUGUUUUGUUUGUCGGCCCGACUCAGUUUUCUGAAGCAUUUCUCAAACAUUGUGCACCCGCCUUUAUUUGCCCUCCUCCACCCUGCUCCCUACUCCAUAUAAACUGCGCAGUGCAUUAUGGGACAUCUGCAGACCCUCGACGACACUGUUCCAUUUGGCCUGAUGCUAAAAUUCAAACAAAAUAAGAAGUAGCAUCUGGACUUUCCUUCUUAAAAAUACCUGAUUCGGCUCUCCGGGAGCAGAUUAGUCUCGAUCGUUACUCGUUGCCUUGAACAGCUGAUGUGUACAAAAUGUUUUUUUUUGUUUUUUUUUUGCCUACGGGUCAAAUAAAAUGUCAUGUAGUUGAUCGGUGUAUUGUACGUACAGAACUCCGAUGUAUUCACAACAGUUUAUCACAACUCUGAUAUUAUGAUCAUCUUUCCCAGCCCUACACAUCACUACUGUUUGUCUUGUGUAUAUUACUACACUAUUUUCCGCGUGUCGAUCACCCUCAUAGCCAUGUGUGCCUCAGGCUGAACUGGACAUGAUGAGUCUCCCAGUCAUAAAGACAGACAGCUGCAUGGGUGAAGAAUGAUGUACGAGGAUAAAACACACAUGGCUGUUUGAUUACAGAGAAUAAACCACCAUCUUACAACA